CGGCCGAGCCCUGGCGGCUCCAGCCCCCGCCGCCUGCCGGGGUGGGGGUUACAUUGUCUGCCCGCUAGACUGCUCCUCUUUCCGGGACUGGCAGGUCUCACGAGUCUGGGCAGGGCCGGAAGCGCCCACGUUUGGGAGUGCAGCGUGCGACUCGCUAGCCUGGGUGGUUUUGGGCCAGUUGUGUACCCAGCCCCCCACCCCGCGUCGUCCUCCAGGUGGAGCUUUCGUGCCUCCCAGCAGGGUGAUGGUGAUAAUUAAAUGCAUAUGUCGACUGCCCAGCACAGGCCCCUCAGGUGUUAAUUGCCUUCGUCUUGCUGGUUAAAGGCCUGUGACCUUGUACCCUCCCGCUUCAGCAACCCAAGCCUUUAGCGUUUCAGAGGACUGAGGGAAAACCACAUUGAUGCGAUGGGUUGUGUUGUAAGGAGCUUGUAGACCUGUAUGAGUGACUCCAAUCUGAACUUGUUUCAAAAUAGCAAAGCUGUAAGUGAGAGACGAAAUGGAUAACAUUCAAGACAUGAUGACAAGUGAUCCUCAAAACUGAACCACCUAGACAUGGCAUCGGGAACCCCAAAUAAGGGAAAAAUUUUAAAACUUAAUGAUACAGCCGCUUGAUCCCAAGAAGAGUACUAGUUCUCUACUUAAAAGUUUGUCAAACUGAAAUCAAGCCCCGGUUGUCACAUUUUGCCAACUUUACCUCUGGAUAGUUACGUUCAGCUCAUCCUAGCAACUCCUUACUGAAAUAGUUCAAGCACUAAUUUACAGGAAAAAUAUGUGAAAAAGGUGCAGUUUUCUCAGAAAACCCCUGAAUGACAAUCCAAGCACAUGAUGGUCUUGCUGAAACAUCCAUUAACUUGCCAGGAACGAACCACUGUAACGCCCCUUGGUGCUUUAGACUUAGAGGGAGGCUGUGAGGUGUGCAGUAGCCGCUCAGCAGGUGUGCGUGUGUACACUUGGUUAGACUGGCGAGCUGGGAGGGCACCGGUCAUAGUUCAGGCCACAUGGGAGCCGUGGUCUGUACUGUGACUUUGUACAGGACCAUUCCUUAUUCCUGACAGUCUUACAAAGGCAUGCCAUUGGUCAUGAUAGAGGACCAGGCAGGAAAGGCCUACCCUCGGUGCAAGUCUUUCACAACUGUACUACUAAAAAUAACUCAAGUGCGUGUCCCCAGAACAGUAGUGUCACUGGGUACCAAUCAAGUUGUAUAAUUCACAGUAAGAUUUCACCAUUCUUGGUCAGCAGAAUUUCAGAAUCCUUCUCUAAGUAUAAUGAAAAACUGGCAUAUUUGUUAGAGGAGGAAGACAGCUCUGUAGGAAUACACCAUUUAUUGAGUGGCACAUGAACAGAAUUUUGUGGAACACUGAAGCAAGAAAUUCACCUGGCUCAGAUCCAGUCAGGUGUUAGAAAACAGUAACGCCCAAUCCUGAAACCUGCCACCGUCACUGCAUGCAUGGCCGUGCUGGCCCUUCCACAGCACCUCAAAUCAGACCUCUGAAGUCAUCUCUUAUGGCCAAAAACAGUCAUCGUUAUUUUAUGUUUUGGUACCAAUGAAAAUCUAGAAAAAAUUCUAGAUUCCAUUGUAAAGACAGUUAUAGUCUCUGAUGUUCCAAAAGUUUCCAUUCCUAAGUCCCAUGCCUGGCGGUUACGGAGCGAUGGGUGACGAGGGUUCCAUCGAUUACAGCGUUCACGAGGCCUGGAAUGAAGCCACCAACGUGUACCUGGUAGUGAUCCUUGUCAGCUUUGGGCUCUUCAUGUAUGCCAAGAGAAAUAAAAGGAAAAUUAUGAGGAUAUUCAGUGUGCCACCUCCAACAGACACUCUGUCAGAGCCCAACUUUUAUGACACAAUAAGCAAAAUUCGUUUAAGACAGCAACUGGAAAUGUACUCCAUUUCAAAUUCACAGAGACAGAAAGCAGAAUCAUCACCAGGAGUGGGAAAGGAAGGAGUGGGGAGUUACUGUGUCAUGAGGACAGAGCCAGAAAGUAUGAUUAUCAGCAGCCACAGAGCCAAGGUGACAGUGUACAGCUCUCAUUGGAAUGAAAUCUCAGAAAAUGAGCCACAGAAAUGAUUGUUGUUCAAGAGUGCAGUCUCCUCACGCUGCUAAAUCACGAGCAGCAUUUUUUUAAAACUUCUGUCUCCAUAAAAUCAUUUUAUUUGUGACUUUUCCCCAAGUUUUUGGUGUGGUUUGUUUCACUUUUUGAAACCUCAUCUCCAAAUCAUUUGUUCCACAAAUUAGAAAUUCCUCAAAAGGCCUGAACACAGAGAGUCUGCACGUACCUAGGAAGAUAGACUACCACCAGAGACGGUGACUUUACCUUGUGAAGAAUUUGAUCCCUUCAGGAUACAAUCAGGAAAUAAAAACACAUCUUUGGAAGCAAGAGUCUGGAGCUGAUGCCACUUUGGAACUUUUUUGCCAACUUAAAAAAUAAAAAUCUAAUCAUUGGAAUAACUUCCUCUUCGACUGUGUUCUGGGAUAAAUAUAAUACGGAUAAUGGACUAACGUGUGUUCUUACAGCUGUUGUUACCUCUAACCGAAUUAACCGUCUUUGCUACUUCAGAAUUUGCACAGUAAACUGUCUUUUCUGCGUUGUGAAAUUGUGAUACGCACCCCCCUGUUAAUUGUAGAAGUUUUCUUUGACUGGAGUUUGUUCCCCUUAAUUGUAUUCCCAGGAGUUUCUUCCACCAGAAGAGUCUUCUUUCGGCCGUGCUGGGGCUACACUGCGGCAUACAUGGGCACCUCUGACUGGUGUCAGCGGCUUACUUUUGGGUCAUGUGACCAUCAGUCUUUAAUGUAACUCUAUGGUUUCUUAGGCUUUUUUUAGCAUAAUAAGCUUCCCUGCAGACUCUCAUAUCUUGUACCAUUUUUGUACUGUACAUUGAAAUGUUUUCACCCAGUUUUUCAUAUUUAUUUAAAUAAAAGCUGGUUGGAGAUAGUGGCAGGGAAGUUCAACUGUCCAUGUAACUGUCCAUAAAUUCGUUUUUGAAUCAAAACUAUAAGAGUUAGAGUUAAUAUUUCAAGCAUUUUUGCCUUUUCCUUUAUAAUUAUGAAGUAAAGAAUAUAAAUCUAAAUGAAAAGGUUUAGACCACAUAAAAUCAUUUCAGGGAAGUUGCAUUUACUUUUAAAAUUUAAAUCUUUCAAAUAUAUAUAUUUUGUUGUACAAGGUGAAUUGUUGACCAAAUGGAAUAAUUCUUUCUUAAUUCACAGAUGAGUUUGAACGCACCGCCUGUAUGUAGAAUGAAUACUCAGACUGAAGGAUUGUAAACAGUUACAGUUAUGGCCUGGGGAUAGCAGAGCAGCAAGGGGACAAUCUUCUUAAACUUUGCUUUGCUCUCAUGUAAUCAGGAGCGGGAGCGGUUUACCUGCUGUCCCUGAUGUGUGGCACAAAUCUGGACGAAUUACGAAAACUGGCUAUCUCAGCUGAUUUGUACAGUGUACCUAAAUAAAUAUCAGUCACAACGAAA